AUGAGUUUAAAGAUGUUACCUAUUUAGCUUUAUCUAGGCCCAUGGCAUUGACCUAUAAACAAUUUUGUAGUUUCCCUUACCACCCUAUAUAAAAGUGUCUCUUCAGUGGCAGAGCCACUUAGCAAAAUGUAUGUUAGUAGGACAGUUUGUUUCUUGGUAAUUUUGAUAAUUAGAAACAGUGUCGGGUUUUAUUUUUCAUCGUCUUCAGAAACGGGACUCAAUGCGGUGAAUAAGGCGCCACGGUGGAACGUGCCUUGGCUCGGCAUCGGGAUGUGGUGCAACGGCUGCCCGCCUAAGAGCUGUGAAGAUGACGAGGCCAUCAUCCACGGGUACUGCUGCGGCUGCGCCUACGCAUCAGAUCGUCUACCAGUGAUGUGUCCCCAGUUCCUGCAGUGCCCCCUGAACCUUCACGGGCUCUGCCACGACUACGAGUACAUGAUGAGGUGCUGCUGUUAAUAACCAAGGACAAACUAGCUGCUAGUUUUAUAAUGUAGAAUAGUAGCCAGUUUUACAGUAUUGAUUACUAGUAUUUUCAACGGGUAUUGCAACCUAUGAAAUCAAAAAUCAUAACAGAUAGACAAAAUAGUGACAUUGGCCAUAACAAUUAUCCCGUAAAAAAUCUACCCAGUGCCUAACGAAGAAUGUAACAAUUAAUUUAAUUUUGUCCAGUACAUAUGUUAUUAUAAGUUAGCUCUGAUACCUACCCAAGAUGUGUUUAUGGAAAAGAUUUAAUUAAAAGUGAGUCAAGACUCAAGACUGAUAUUAUAAUUUAUUUUAUGGAAAAUAGAGAGGACUAGGU